AUGAAACAAUCUCUUCUUUCCCUCGCGACACUGCUCAUAUCCUCAUCAUGGUGUGCGGAGCUCGAAGUCGCACCCUUCACUCACCCAGCAACUGCCGCUGCGACCGCAUACCCAGAAUUCGCUCGAGACUUUGAUUUCUUCAAGCGAGACGGCAACUGUCCCGCAAAUUACAACACCUGCUCGAACGAGGGCAAUUCGGGAAUAUGCUGUCAAUCAGGGACAACAUGCACGGUUGACGGGGCAAAUAACUACGCUUGCUGUCCGACAGGAGCAAAAUGCACAGGAACGCUGGGAGCGACUGCCACAGGUGGUGGUAAUGGCAACUCGGCAUCAACAACAUCGACUGGGUUUAUGUUCCCACAGGGCACGUCGUCAACGACAACGACGACAUCAAAAGCGAGCAUAACAGGGUCUACAGUACCAGGUGCAGCCUUCCCCUUUGUGUACAUCCCGACGAGCUUUAGCAACGCCGCCAGCUGCAGCUCAUACUACUCCUUUUGUCAAGCAGAGUACACCAGCUGCAUAGUCUCGCUCGGAGGACAAUAUGGAGUGACUGUAGCGGGCGGUAAUGGAGGCGUGACGGUUGCAGGCGCUACGGCUGUAACAUCUGCUUCGGCUGCGAUUUCGACAUGCUCGAGUCUAAGCCAAGAAGCUUGUUAUGGGUUGCAGCAAUCCUACUGUACAGCGUUUGGCACAUCGGGAGAGACGACGACGAGCGGUGGUUCGUUUGUUGCGGGAAGUUAUGCGCCGGCUCGGAAGUCGAGUCUACAUGAAAUAUUGCUCGCUGCGGCAGCUGGAAUCUUGGGAAUGUUUUUAUGA